CCUCGGCACGCUUUGCGAAUAUUUUGAUUUUCUUUUUGUUUUUCUUUGUGUGUGCUUAUGCAAAAAUUGUGGCAGCAUCCCCAGUGCAAGUGUAAAUCAAGUUUGCAAACGGCAAAUUAAAGUGGGGGGCGGUGUGUUAUUGCACUACUGUGUACUACGACUACUUGUGUGCAAGUGUUGAAUUAUUGAUGCCGCGCCUUGAUAGCGAUGCAAACAAAGCCAACUAAGAGGCAUGCCACAUUCGCGCUGUGCCACAGAAUCAACAAAAUCUUUCCAGUCGUUGCAGCACGCAUUCACUACGUGGAGCGCGAGGAGCGACCUUGCAGCAGCAGCAGCCGAUUGGCAGCCGGUGGCAGCAUUGAUGUCAGCGCCAACGCCUCGCCACCGAGUGGGGUAGGCAUCUCGCCACAGGGUUCGCCGCAGUUGCAGCAGCGCCUGGGCAAGCAUCUCAGCAAAUCCGCAUCCGAAUUGAAUGGUCACGAUUGCCACAGCAACGAAUCGCCGCACAUAUCACCGAAACGCGCCAAAAGCGCCGCAUCGCAGCAGCUGGCCGGUGGCAUUGCCAGCAGUGGUGCCACCGGUGGCUCGGGGGGCAGUGUUGCAAGUGGUGCGGGUGUGUUGCAGAAGACGCACGGCUUCUUCAACAAUCUGCGGCAUCGCUGGAGUCGCGCCAAGAGCAAAGAUCGCAUCGGACGCAAGUCACCGAGUGAUUUUCUCGAGGAGAGCACCGACUAUGCUGCCGACUACAGUUCGGAGAGCAGCUCCGUAACCCAAAGUCCGCGACACAGAGCCACCACCAUAAUUGGAGGUUCGCCGCUGGCCCGUGACUUUCGUGCCACGGCGAAAAUGGCGCAGGUGAUUCAACGCUUUGGCGGCUCCAUGGAGGGUCGCAUCGAUGAGCAGCCCGAGAAUGGCAAUGGGCAUGUCGCCAUGGUCUCGUCGAGUGCAUCCGCUCAACAGCAGUUGGAUGCACUGCAGGCCGAUGAGCUGCGCCGCAAGCGUGAGGCUCAAUUACGACAAUUCGUCUUCUUUCAGCUGCGCGUCCAUCUCAAGUCCGGCUGCGACCUGGUUGCCAUGGACAAGAACGGACUGAGUGAUCCUUAUGUCAAAUUCAAAGUGGGCGGACGAUUGUUACAUAAGUCGCGCACAAUACACCGCGACCUCAAUCCAGUGUGGGACGAGGUCUUCAUUGUGCCCGUCGAGGACCCGUUUCAACCGAUUAUUGUCAAGGUCUUUGACUACGAUUGGGGACUGCAGGAUGAUUUCAUGGGCUCGGCGAAAAUCGAUCUCACUCAACUGGAGCUGGGCAAGGCGGAAGAUAUCAAUCUGCAGCUGAGCGAUACGAACAACGGCGAGCCGGGCCUCGGCAUGGGCGAGAUACUCAUCAAUCUGACGCUGUGGCCACGCAGUCAGGAGGACAAGGAAAUGCAUUUUCAACGCAAUUCCAAACUGGCUGAGUCAUCGAAGCGCUUGAAAUCGCAAAUCUGGAGCUCGGUGGUGACAAUACUUUUGGUCAAGGCCAAAGAUCUGCCGCUGGCCGAGGAUGGCAAUAAGCUGAUUGACACACACUUUAAGUUUCGGCUGGGCAACGAGAAAUACAAGACAAAGUCUUCCUGGACGGAGCGUUGGCUGGAACAGUUCGAUUUGCAUCUGUUCGAUGAGGAUCAGAAUCUGGAGCUGGCACUCUGGAAUCGCAACACGCUCUUUGGCAAGGCCAACAUCGAUCUGAGCGUCUUCCAGCGCGAGAAUACGCAUGGUAUCUGGAAACCUCUCGAGGAUUGCUCCGGCGAGGUGUUUCUCAUGCUUACCAUCAGUGGCACCACAGCCCUAGAGACCAUCAGCGACCUCAAGGCAUUCAAGGAGGAUCCGCGUGAGACGCAACAGCUGCGUGAUCGCUAUCGCUUUCUGCGCAGUCUACAGAAUCUCCGGGAUGUCGGACAUCUCACGGUGAAGGUUUUUGGCGCCACAGGGUUAGCUGCCGCGGAUAUCGGGGGAAAAUCCGAUCCAUUCUGUGUCCUGGAGCUGGGGAAUGCUCGACUGCAGACACAAACCGAAUACAAAACGCUGACGCCCAACUGGAACAAGAUCUUCACCUUCAAUGUCAAGGAUAUCACACAGGUGCUGGAGGUUACAGUCUUCGAUGAGGAUCGCGAUCAUCGUGUCGAGUUCCUGGGCAAACUAGUCAUUCCCCUGCUGCGCAUCAAGAGUGGCGUCAAGCGUUGGUACACUCUGAAGGAUAAGAAUCUCUGUGUGCGUGCCAAGGGCAACUCGCCACAGAUUCAGCUGGAACUCACAGUGGUCUGGAACGAGGUGCGCGCGGUGUGUCGUGCUUUGCAGCCCAAGGAGGAGAAAUUGAUCCAGCAGGAGGCAAAGUUCAAGCGUCAGCUAUUUCUGCGCAAUGUCAAUCGCCUCAAGGAGGUCAUCAUGGACAUCUUGGAGGCUGCGCGCUACGUGCAAAGCUGCUUCGAGUGGGAAUCGCCUGUGCGUUCGAGCAUUGCCUUUGUGCUGUGGAUCGUGGCCUGCGUCUAUGGCGAUCUAGAGACAGUUCCCCUCGUGCUUCUACUCAUCAUACUGAAAAAGUGGUUGAUCAGGCUCAUCACUGGCACUACAGAUGCCAAUGCUGGGCACUAUGACUACGAUUAUGAUGAGGAUGAUGACGAUGACAAAGAGAAGGAGGAGAAAAAGUCAAUUAAGGAGCGUCUUCAGGCCAUACAAGAAGUCUCCCAGACCGUACAGAAUACCAUUGGCUACCUGGCCUCUCUAGCCGAGAGCACCAUCAACACAUUCAACUUUUCCGUCCCCGAACUGACCUGGCUGGCAGUUGUGCUGCUGCUGGGUGCAAUAUUUGUGCUGCAUUUUGUGCCGCUGCGUUGGCUGCUGCUCUUCUGGGGUUUCAUGAAGUUCUCCCGACGCAUUCUGCGACCCAACACCAUACCGAACAACGAGCUGCUGGACUUCCUAUCGCGUGUGCCCGACAAUGAGGCAAUUAAUCAAUUCAGGGAGCUGCCACCGUCGGCGCCCACCGAUCAAGCGCGCAACAAUCCUAAAAAGAAGCUCAAAGGAUCAUAGUCUAUAACCAGCGCUGAUGCGGCAAUGGCGUCGCUGCAGUCCAGCGCAUCUUCUGGUCCACAGCAUCUGGUGCAACAGAUGACGACACGCUUCCGCGCCAACACAAAUCAACUGAAGCACAAGUUCGGCCAGGCCAAGAGCCUCAGUCUGAGCCAAGGCGAUUAGUGUAUUCAAGCCAUAAAUAUGGCGUAUAUAAAUAUAGAUAUCUAGAUAAAUGAAUUAGAAAUGAUACAAGUAAGGCACAAGAGCAAGUUCCAUGGCAACGUCAACGUUUAUGCACCAAAAGUUUUUGCUUAACUCUCAAGUAUUUUCAGAAUCAAUUUGUUUGUUAAUCGCAGUAACUAAACAACAACAAAAUCAAAAAUAUGAAACUAUUUACACAAAGCAACACUCACAAAUUUUGUAAAUACAUAAAACACAACAACAACAACAACAAAAAUGCGAAUCGAACAGAAUAUUGUACUUUAUACUUAUAGAACCUGUGAGUGUACCGUACCUAAAGUUCAACUUAUCUUUUUGAAUCUGUAUCUAAAUGUAUUUAAUUAACAAUCUACCUACCUAAUACUACUAAUUACCAGCAACAACAACAAGAACAACCGAGCAAUUCCUUUAUGCGAACGAGAAUGGUUAAUUAUUUAUUGUAUAUUUCGAUUUGUGAUAUUUUUCAAAGAAUUGCAACUAGAUGUACUAUGUGGCUUAUCCAAAAUAUUUACUUACAUUUACUAUAUACAUACAUACAUAAAUACCAACACAGAUACCUUUAAAUUUACAUUACUUUACAAGUUCCCUACGAUCUGAAUGUAUUUAAAUUAUAAAUCCAUUGCACUCGAUCAUUUAAGGCUUUUUAUAUGCUUACAAAUUAUCCAAAAACCAAUUAACCUUAUGGAUAUAUAGCUCUACUAUUAAUAUAUACAUACAUAUAUAUUUAUUGUUCAAAACAUUUUCGAAUACCUAAGUCCUAAUUAUAAUAUAAUAAUGCUACAAACUACUUACAUGUGUAUGUUUAGGAUGCCAUGAUCCAAUGAAACUCCGAUGAAAAUGCAUGACAAAACAAUUAGAUAGUCUAACUAUUUUAUACUCCCGCAACAAAGUUUUUAUAUACAAUACAAAAAAAUGCAUAAGGAACAAAAUCUAAUUAAUUAAUUAAUUAACAUUAAUUAUUAGCACCUACAUACAUGUAAGUUAAGUUUGUUAUUUUUCAAAAUAUGACAGCAAAAAUACAAUAUACAAAUAUUUU